ACAUUAUCCUUAUCCUCUCAAUUCAAGAUUAGAUAUUUUAUAUUUUUCAUUUCUCUGCAAACAAUGGAAGUCAUGUCUCAGUCUCACCAAUCAACGCUCAAUCCCAAAGCACCGCUCUUUGUGCCGCUUGCUUACCGGACGGUGGAGGAUUUCUCCGACGAGUGGUGGUCUCUUGUUCACUCAUCCCCUUGGUUUCGUGACUACUGGCUUCAAGAACGCUACCAAGAUCCGCAAUCUGAUGCGUUUUUGAACGAUGAUGUUGUUUUUCCUGAUGAUCUUGACUCUCUCAUCUUUGACGGCUUGAUCGAUGAUACUCGUAUCAUUCCACAUGAGGAGGAGGAGAAAGAAAAGGGGAAGGAGCUGGUUUCAAUUAGAGGGAUGAAAUGGAAUAAGGGAAAAGUUCAGGCACCACAUUUCAUGGAGAAAGUGCCUAAGAUUGUGAAUGUGAAAGUGAGUCCAAGGAUGAUUCAGCAGCCUAGGUAGAUAAUUUGAAUCAAUUUGAGUUAAUUUGAAAAUGGAGGACCUAAUUGCAAAUGUUGCUUUUAGUUUGUAGUUUUUUGUAUAUACUUAAAUCAAAAGACUCCUUUCUUGA